AUGGCUGAACAAUGUCCAACUGUGGGAGGUCUCGGGGAAGAUGGCUUCAACCCGGAUUUUGAUCUGAAGCAGCUUGUCCUUGAUCCCAACUCCAAUAUGCAUAUCUGGGGCUGGCUUAUCUCUGGAUUUCUCACCCUCGUUACAGUAACCAUCACUGCACACACUGUCAAACAACAUCUCGGUCACUAUUACACGCCUGAUAUACAACGUUACAAGGUGCGAGUACUCGCCUAUCCAGCGAUCUAUGCGGCACUUGCAUGGUUUUCUUAUCUUCGUUACAAGUACGAGACCGUCAUUAUGUUUUUCGCCAAACUAUUCGAGUCAUUUGCUGUCUACAGCCUCUACAUGUUAUUGCAAUCCUAUCUUCAACCUUAUCGCCAAAAGAACGAAGGCCAAAAGAUAGCGGUGACAACCAAAGUCCUUGGAUUGGUCAAGAUCACGCUCAAAUCGAAAUGGGGAUUACACUUUCGUGUCAUUACCGAUAUCUGCGUUCUUCAAUUCCCGAUCUGGAACAUCAUUCAAUCAUUGGUCUCCAUCAUUACUCAAGUCAAAGGCGUCUAUUGUGAUGGUCAAUUUGCUUUGAAUGGUGCGUAUACCUACUUGGUCAUCAUCAACUUUGCAUCACUCAGUUUGAUCUUGGCGGUGCUCUUCACCUACCUGGCCGUUUACAAUGAUGAGUGGAAACAUGGACGUAUCAGAGCACAUGGCAUGUUUUGGUGUGUCAAGUUGCCAAUCAUGGUCAUUUUCUAUUUUGGUGAUCUUUUACUUGCCGCGCUCUCCCAUUUUGAUCUUAUCCAUGACGAGGCACCAAAGCAUAGCGGUGGUACCUUUUGGCCUGCAGCUGCUAUCAAGAAUGGAUACUAUGUGCUAUUGAUUUGUGCUGUCAUGGCUAUUGUCGCCUUGCUUAUGGAUCGGUUCUUUGGUUUGGAUCCACAAGAGUAUAUCCUGGAUGAUGAAGAAGCGACAUCAUGGCGUGCAUAUAUACUGGCCUUUGUUGACGGGUACCUAUCCUUCGUACCUGAAUUCUUUAAGAACGUGUUCCUUUGUGGAGGUGAUACGGUGUUGUUGGCAAAGAAACGGAUGCAUCUGAGGAAGAAGCAACAACAUGCGAGACGACUUUCAGACGAUGAGCAUCAUUUAUUAACACCCGAUGUGCAUGAUUUGGAAACGGCUCAAGUCCUCGAAGAUCCUUAUCCAGAACUAAGUGAGCCACCAACAGCUUUACGACAGCGACGUGUAUCUGUGGAUGAGGGUCAAGAAGCAGCAUGCUCAUUAUGGCAUGGACAAACAUCAUCUUCGGCAUCUCCCGCUUUCAAUAGUAGUGCUGUGCCAUUAAAGCCCCUGGGGACAUUCCAAGAUGAACAACGGCAAGAACAGCAUGAGGCACCCUCAUCACGUGAUAUAUCCACAACGACCACUCGUAACGAUGAACCACCACCUAUACCUGCAUUGGCACUUCCUCCGCCACCAAAACAAUCACGUGUACUCAACCACAAUGAUGAACCUUCUGAAGAAGCUAUAGCCAAAUCAGCCCAUUUUCAACCCCAUGAUAGGAAUGAUGCAAGUGGUGGUGGUAGUAGCAGUGAUCGACCGUAUGGCUUCUUUUAA